UUUGUUCUCGGAGACGAUUCCUUGCGUUCCAAGAUUACUUAACGAAACCCUAAAUCCCUCCCAAAACCCUAGCAAACCCCAGUGUGCUCGAUCGUUCGCUCCCCCGAAUCCAUCAAUGGCGGAUGAUUCCGGGGUGAGGGCGAGCAAGAGGAGGAAGAAAGGGGAGAAAAAGAAGCUUCUCACGGGGGAGGAGGUCGAGGUGUUAUCUUUAGAUGAAGGGCUUUAUGGUUCCUGGCAUCCUGCCGUAGUUGUUGCUUGCCUUGAGGGCUCCCGCCUCAUCGAGUACACCAAACUAAUGAACGAGGACCAGAAUGUAAAGGCUGCGGAGGCCGUCGAUGUAUCGGAUGCAAUAGAAGGCACAGAAAGCAUUUGCCCCAGAUUUAACUGCAGCCGCAUACGACCUUUGCCACCUCAGCAGAGUUAUCAGCCCUCCGAUUUCCGAUAUGGGGUCUGCAUUGAUGCCUUAGUGAAUGAUGCCUGGUGGGAAGGUGUGGUAUUCGAUCGCAGAGAAGGAUCGCGAGAGAGAUUAAUCUUUUUUCCGGAUUUAGGGGAUCAAGACAUUGUACCUAUUGAUCGACUGCGUGUUACCCAAGAAUGGGAUGAGGUUUAUGGGCAGUGGAGGAUCCGUGAUGAAUGGCUUUUGAUUAAUGUGUUAGAGAGAUAUGAAAGGGAGGAAGAGGGUUUGCCUGUUUCAAUCAGGCAAAUUUGGUACGACAUGAGAGGUAAGCCUUCUUUCUCGAGAAGCAUCAGAUCUUGGACUCGCGGGAGACGGCAUGUUUGGAUUAGAUUGGCCUCAGGUUUGAUCCAAGAGUUGAGGUCUGUCAUCAACGGUACAUUCCCUAUUAAUGCUCUACAUGCUAGCAAUUUUGUGGUCGAGGAUAUACCAUGUAUUGAAGGUGAUAAUACUCCGAUUAAUACUUCAAGUUACAACCAAUCUCACGGCAAGUGCAUUACUAGUGGCAGUCCUCAGCUAUACACCACGGGUGAGGUAUUAUCUGAUUUCAUCAUUGCAUAUCGCAGUAAACAUAAUACUUAUAAGAAGAGAGAGGCACUUCGUGCUAAACGCAAACUUGCUCAAUCCUAUCUCAAAUCAGUCGGUUGGAAGUUCACAAUUUGUAGAGGUAGAGCUCCGUAUAAGUUGUAUUUCUCGCCAAACGGAGACAAGUUUAUGUCCUUCAUUAGGGCAUGCGAAGCAUGGGAAAAGGUUGAAAAGAAUGCAGAUACCCCAAAAAUGAUUUCUAAUGAAUCGCAUGAGGAUUAUGAGGCCGGGUCGGCAUCAGAAGGUGCUAGUACUUGGGGAGCUGUCCAACUUAAGGCCAAAUACUUCCGUGAGGUGGCAUCACUAUUUACAGGAAAUGGAAAUCCUCAGUUAGGAAGUUCAGGAAGAUGUAAUUACCUCAAACUAGGGAACAAGUUGAGGAUGCAUCUUUUGGCUUUGGGUUGGAAAAUUGAUGUCAAAAAGGAUACAAUGAAAAGGUUUCGAUAUCAUUCGCCAGACGGCACAACCUACUAUUCCCUUUGUAAGGUAUGCUUGAACUUGAUCGGUAAACAUUCUGUGGCGAGUCGAAGACGUGGAAACCGUUAUAAAUCACAUGUAAAUCAGCUGGGCAACAAUAGUAACGAGGGGCAUUCUGGGAAGAUUCAUCCCGAACCGGUAUCUGUUUGUAGCGACCCACAAGAUCAUGAAAGUAGUCAUGAGGAGGAGCAUCUUGAUGAAGCUUUUGAAGAAAGUGAAGCAGAUAGCAGCGCCCACCCUAAGAGAAGUGGAUCCGCCAAAACAGUUGAUAUGAAUAAGUUGGUGAAUGUCAAAGCGAGGACUCUUUCGUCAAAAGAAAAUCCGGUCAUGAGAAAGCUUCCUGCAGGCAAAUGUCCUGUACCAGAGUGCUUACCUAAGUCAAUAGGAGAGUACAUGGACUUCAUGAAAUCGAUUCGAGAAAAUCCCCCAAUAAAACAUUCGAAUGAAAUAGCUAAAUCUCUUAGAUUGAAUGUGAGAAAACAUUUUUCCUAUAGCGGUUGGGAGUUUUGGCUUAAAGAGAAAAAAACAAGGGAGGAAUUGUGCUAUCUCUCUCCUUGGAACCAAUUCUUCAACUCUCUAUAUGCUGCCUGUAAGGCUUACUCAAAAGCAGGAUCCCAAGGAAGUAAGCAUGCAAGCUCUUUUGUACACACGAGCAAGAAAGGUGUGUUUUCUUCUAAAUUAUCGGUAUUCGGGCAUAUGGGUUUCGGUAAAUUCGGACCCAGAGGGCUUCGCAAUUCGAAGAAGAGGAGGUGGAAUCCAUUGCUUUCUAUUUCUUUUGCUCAACAGCAAUUUAAAGCAAGGAAAUCAAGCCCACGAAGGCAGCACCAGAUCAUUAACUUGUCACCGAGCCAACAUUUGGCUAAAACGGUUUUGUCUUGGCUCAUCGACCAUGAUGUUCUAUUACCGAGACAAAAGGUGACUUGCGUGCACGAAAGGACUGGGCAUUGCAGAAAGGAAGGUCGAAUCAAUCGAGAUGGAAUAAAAUGCAUGUGUUGCAAUAACGUGUUUAGUCUUGCUAGCUUUGAGAGUCAUGCCCGCAAUAGUCAUGCUGGCAAUAGUUCUUCACGACCUUAUGCAAAUAUAUUAUUGAAAGAUGGGAGGUCUGUAUCACAGUGCAUAGUUCAAUUGAUGGAGGCUACUCGACCUAAAAAACUCCUACAUAGGCGGUUGAAGGGUGAUAACUCUCAUUUCGAAAGCGAUGCAAUAUGCUCUAUCUGUCAAGAUGGUGGAGAAAUAUUGCUUUGCGAUUAUUGCCCAUCAUCGUAUCACCAAAAAUGUGUUGGUUUGGAGGUUAUUCCUGAAGGGAAAUGGUUUUGUCCAUCCUGUAGAUGCGGCAUCUGUGGCUUGAGUGAGUACAACUGUGAUAUAGAGCAGUUCACACAGGAAACAGUAAUUUAUUGCGAUCAAUGUGAGCGUGAAUAUCAUGUGGGCUGCUUGGAAAAGAAAGGAAUGCCGCAUCUUAGUUGCUCUCCGAAGGGUAAUUGGUGUUGUAGCGACAAAUGUUCAGAGAUAUUCCAUUGCCUGCGGCAGCUCCUUGGAAAAUCGAACCCAACCUCUGUUGAGGGUUUAUCAUGGGUUAUUUUGAGAUCAAACAGAGAAAAUGGUGUCGAAAUUUGUAAUUCGGAUCUUGAGACAAUGGCUGAGCAGCAUGGGAAGCUGUCUAUUGCACUCGAUGUACUGCACGAAUGUUUUGUCACUAUAAUUGAGCCCCGUACUAAUACUGAUCUUGUAUCUGAUAUGCUUUUCAAUGCAGAGUCAGAGCUCAAUCGACUAAACUUUUGGGGCUUUUAUACAAUGAUUCUACAAAAAGGAGAUGAGCUAGUAACUGUGGCCACCUUUAGGAUCUAUGAUGAGAAGGUUGCAGAAAUGCCUCUUAUUGGUACUAGAAUGCAGUAUCGCCGACAAGGAAUGUGCCGCAUUGUUGUAAACGAACUGGAAAAUUUGCUUUCUUCCUUGGGGGUGGAGCGGCUUGUCCUACCAGCAGUUCCUCAGCUUCUCGACACAUGGACAAAUUCCUUUGGAUUUAAUAUAAUGGCUGGCUCGGAUAGAUCCGAUCUAAUGGAUUACAACCUACUCAGUUUUCAAGAAACCACCAUGUGUCAUAAAUUCAUGAGGAAAGCUGCGAAAAGUCCGACAGAACGACAUCCUAGUCAGUCUGAUAGAUCUGGUGAAAGAGUUGAGGAAACACAUUGUAAAAUUGGCAAGGCUACUUUUCAACCUCUCUUAUCAUCGUCGGAGACAGUCGAUGGAAAAGGUGAUUUGUCAUGCAGAAACACUGUUGAAGAGAAUAGCUACCAAACUGAUGCUGGAGAUUCUCAUAGAAGUACUUGUCAAAUCAGUGCCGUACACUCCCCUCCAGUAAUUGCAGACCUCUUGAUGGAGAAUGGGCAAAAUGAAAUUAACAAUGCCACAACAGAUAGUGUUAUUGUAGGCCAGAACAAAGAUGGUGGUUCUUCGAUCGAAAUCUCUUUUCCGGCCAUUGUGAAAGCUGAGACUGCUCUUGGUUACAAGUACUCUGGUAAACACUAUGAACGCAUCGGCAAGAGUGGCUGUGGGCGAAGCCGUUGGUUAGGGCUCUUAAUGCCGGAGCUGCAUGUGGAUUCGGGUUCUUCUACGAGGUAAUGUGAGUGGAAACCUCAACUUUUGUUACAUGUGAUGGCUUUUGUCGCUGUUGGUUCGUUGGAGACGAGACAUCCCAAAUUUCUAGGGUUCCACUAAGAUUUUGUUUGGUAAGUGAUGAUGACUUAUUCCCGUCAUUUCCCCAGCUGCUGAAAUUUUUAGAGUUCCACUCUAACCAUAUGUAUGCAUAAUGGCAUUUCCGCUGAUAUAUCAUUCCUCGCCACAGAGCAAGGAACAUUUUGUCAGAUGUAUCUAUGCAUUUAACCGGCUAUUUUUGUGUAUAUUGAACAAUAGAGGAGCCAAAGCCAAUUAGUAUUUAGUGGACGGUUUGGUUUAGAACAGUGCAUUGCCUUUGUAGAUUCUGGAAGGAUUAUAAUAAUGUAAGGAGAGCCUCUUGCUUCCCCUCAACUUAUAGCCAAUUUUGAAAGGGACCCCUUGACUUUCUUCCCCUGCAACUUUUGAUAUAUAUAAGUUUAAUUUAAGAUGAUUUUGGUCAAUUACAUUGGGCUGUUGCAUUUAAAUUCAACGCUGAUCCGUGAAGUUAAUAAUUGUUUCAAACACUAUGGUAAAUAAAACCGUAAUAUUCAAUGUAUUCAAUUGUAGUACCCUAAAUAAUAAAUGUAGAAGUUUGUGAGGUGUUAGUAAAAGAAAUCAAGAGUUGAGGGGACCAUUUAAGAGCAGCUUGUAGUUGAGGGAAUUUUAAUACAAUUUCUUUAGCCUAUUUCAACAUGGGCUACUUGCUCUCAUCAUUGGCUAUCGUGUCGUUGUCGUCGCUCUUUCGUUUAGUUUUACUCUUCUUUGUUUCAAUGCUCACCAAAUUGGAUUGUCCCCUGUUUAGUGGAA